AGCUGUUUGCUACUACUACUUUGCAAAUAUUGUAUAGAAUGAAUCAACAAUAAGCAACUGCGACCCAAUUUAUUUCAUCUCUACUGCACCCGGCACGGGUCUUAUAUAUUUGCUGCGUCGAACAAAACGGCAGUUGCGUCAUGGGAUGGCUUCUCCGACGAAAAAAGACUGCCCAUUACUUUGGAUAAGUAAAUUAUGAUAAAUGGAUCACGGCUGUCUGUCUAGUAACCAUAGAUAGAGUCAUUCAAAACAAAAGUCCAGGUCGUUUCGAAAGUUGCGGGGUAUGGAGCAAUAAAAAGCGGAGCUUCAGCAAACAGCCACACCCUUGUUGAGUCGAGGCUUUCAGCUCGUCCUCUCAAUGGACGGCACGCCUAUAAUAAAGGACGCGUUUAACGAACCCCAGAAAAUGCGUGCAUAGAACUCAUCAAUUAAAUCCGACGCCAUUGAUUUCAUGUAUAGGGGCUCAAGUCUACGAACGUUAAACAGAGAAUAUAUCGCUGAGAGAUAUUAAAUUUGUCAACACGCUGGCACGCAAAUGCUUUCCAACUAAAAAUGCUGAAUUUGUGAUGAGUUUCACAACAGUGUCCUGUACAGCGCUUUAACGUAUUCCGGAACACGUCGACUCACUCUAGCGAUACAUGCCCGGAUUCCAGAUCACGUACCGCUGCUGGCUGGCUCUACCUUGGCGUGCGCAAUGGGAUGUUUUUCUUUUGUAAACCGCCGGGGAAUGUGGAAGAAAGGAAGUUACGAUGUUUCGGGCAAACAGGAGCACGAUAGCAAUCGACUGAGUGUUGUCGUUCUAUCUGAUGAUCAUCACGGAGAAACUCUCAUUAAUGUCGAAAAGAGCGGACCGUCGAAGCGAAUGAAAUGGUUGCCGGAAUUGCGAGAGAAUUUAUUGAUCCAACUGGUUGCCGCCUUGUUCCUGGUAAUCUUCGUUUUGAUUGGUGUCAUCAUAUGGUUAAGUGUGUCGAUCCACUUGAGCAAUCGCGACAGCCUCCGCACCAUUUCCACGGCCGUCGACUUAUUGACGAGCCAAAAUGUCAAUACGAAACCGUCGGAGCCGUGUUCUACGGAUGCACCGCAAACUGGUCAAAGCCGAGCCAUUCCAUGCGACACAUUAUUUAGAGCAACCUUUGAGUUCACAGAGCAUGGGGUAACGGUGGAUGAAGAAAGGGACUCGGGAAAAAGUUCUUCCGUGCCCAGCCAUCCGACCGGAACGACUACAAUAAGGUCCACGACAAGGGCAAGUUUCUCUUUGAAAGGGACAAGUUAUCAGAUGAAAGGUUCAAGUUGCAACAAUUGCCAAAUUAUCUUGCAAAAGUCACCGAUCAAUAAGACCGGUGAAAAUCUAAAGAUUGCGGAGGACGACUCUGAAUCUGAAGAGGAGAUUUCAGACGAAAUCGAUGACGACGGUAUAGGAAAUUGUUCUGAAAUAAAGUUUAGACUCUGUGCUGUAGAACGGCGCAUGUUUUAGAGAUUGAUAACUUUAGACGAUUUCCUUGCAAUCUUAUUAUACAUACGAUGUGCUGUUUAGUUUACGCGCUUCUUGAGAAUCAGAUCGAUUGCCAACCCCUGGGCUAAACUGGAAUGAUUUGUUUGCGACAGAUAUAGCGAAGGCAGUCGAAAUUAACUGAUGGAAUAUCCGUCCUCGUUUACUUA